AUAAAGAAAAUAAGUCUGAAGCUUUGGUUGAUGUUGUUGCAAAAAUAAUUCCAGAUUUUGGAAUGUCUUGUAAUAAAGAUUUAGAAAAAAUUAAAAUGGAAAUGGAACUGCUCUAUGAAAGAUCACCAAAAAUAAUAGACCUACAAGAUACUUCUAAAAACCAUUCAAAUAUUUACAAAUAUGUUAAAAACAAAUUAACUGAUAAUUGGGAAUGGUAUAAACGAUUUGAGGG